GACCGGCGCACGGUCAGUACGGACACAAGCACUCUAACGCACAACAUCCACAGCACUCCCUCCUGUGUUGCAUCGAGCUUUUCCCAGUCUUUACACUCAAAAUAACAAAAUAACCAGUUUUAUCGACGCCUCUUUGUCUCCUAUCGAUUCUUACGCACUUGGAAGCUUUGGAGUAUAUUUUCGCCUUUGAGAGUAGUUGCAUAGUGUUUUUUUCCUUUUUGCGCUCGUCGUAUAAAACCACCGUUUUUUCUUUUAUCUUCAAAAGAAGAACAUUUGCGCUAGCUUUGAUACUUUGGAAGUGAUAUCGAAGAACUAUGCAUAAGUUCAACAACAAGAACAAAUUCAAGAUGGACUAUACUGAGUUCAAAACAGAUGUUUCUAUGCGAAGAAGAUCGGCGGCAACAAGAGAACUGACUAAAAUCGCUUACUCGGCGCCGCAUAGCGUUAUCUCUCUGGCCGAGGGUAUGCCGAACGAGGAAACCUUCCCUUUUACCCAAAUUUCGGUGAAGCUUAACGACGGCUCCGACUUUGUCUUGGAAGGAGAAGAACUGGCUGCUGCUCUCCAGUACAUCCCCAGUCAAGGUUUCCCUCCUCUGCUGCAGGCUAUCAGAGAAUUUCAAAGAAAAGCUCAUGCACCGCCGAUUUGGGAGAGCCGCGAGGUUGUGAUCGUCGCCGGUGGCCAGGAUGGCCUGAGCAAGGCACUGGAGGCCAUUAUCGGCCCCGGAGAUCCGAUUCUAGUGCAGAAUCCGUUUUAUCCCGGCGUCAGUGUGGUGAUUGGACCACACGAGGCGGAACUCAUACCGAUCGAUCAAGACGAUUACGGCAUAAGCUCCAUUUGCCUGCGCGAACGUCUGCAGGAGCGCGAGGCUUCCGGCCAGAAGAUGCCUAAGAUUAUGUACAUCAACGCCACCGGGGCAAAUCCCACCGGUACAGUCAUGCCUCUCGAGAGGAGGAAGGAGAUCUACAGGAUAGCCUGCGAGUACAAUUUCCUCAUUCUCGAUGACGAUCCCUAUCACUUCAUGUACUUCACCGACGAAGCUCCGCGAUCUUUCCUGUCGUUGGACACAGAAGGCCGCGUUAUCAGGCUCGACUCGUUCUCGAAGGUCCUGAGCAGCGGUUUGAGAAUCGGUGUGAUCACAGCAGCUGCGCCGCUAGUCUCAGCCAUUGAACUACACAUGCAAAGCAGUCAUCUACACGCCCCGACACUAUCACAGGUGAUUCUGUACAAGCUCCUGAAAAUCUGGGGAUACGACAAAAUGAUGGACCACUUCUGUAGGAUAAGGAACUUCUACAAGCACCGACGUGAUCUCAUCGUAAAACUUGCGCGGGAACAUUUACGAGACGUCGCGGAAUUCAGUGUACCGAGUGCAGGAUUCUUCUUGUGGAUAACUGUUCCCGGCAUCCAGGACACCUGGAAAAUGGUGAUGCAGCGAGGUGUCACCCACGGUGUGCUCGUGGCUCCAGGCGCUGCUUUCAUGGCUAAUCCGUCCGAGCCUUGUAACGCCAUCAGGGUGAGCUUUGCUAAAGCUUCCCACAAAGAGAUGAAUUUGGCGUUGGAGCGGUUGUCGUUGCUUAUAAAAGACGAAUUGGCAAAAAAUAGGUCGAGCUUGCACGGCAACACGUGAAAAAAAAUCGUGACACAGUUUGAAUGCUGAAUAAACAAAUGGGCCCUUUCACCGGACACUGGCUGAAUAAGCCACAUCGACUACGGGUAAAUUGAGUCCCGGCAGGGCUGCGCUUUCUCUUUUCCGUUCCCACUGGCACAGCCGAUAACUUACCAGAGACAUGACCUGGUAUCUUACCGACAUGAGCUAAAACGUUUCCUGCUCUCGCUGGUCCCUAUAGUUAGUGAUGCAAACAGAGAAAUCUGUAUAGAUAUUUGUGGGAACGCGUUAUUUAUCACGAGGCUUGACUUAGCCUGUAUUAUUCAUGUACAGAAACAAAACAGUUUCUUUAAGUUGUAAGUUUAAUUAUUAUUAGAAUAGUCUAAUCAAGUGAUUUAAAAAAAGAGAACUUUGAAAGUAGUAUUUUUUUAAUGCUCUCGGUUCUUCUUAAUUUAUUUAGACUAUUUGAUGAUAAAAUCUUGAAAUAAAACAUGCAGAAACUUCAAUAAAGCUUCAAUUACCAGUCAA